CGUACAGCAUACAAGGUUUUAUUGGGACAAAAAAUGGCUUUAGUAGGACUACUUUGUCUCUGCCUUCUGGCAUCCUUGGUUGGCAGCUAUCCUUUGACGGAUGAGAGUUCAAACUUUGAAGGGCCCAUAUUCACACCAGUCAGUAUUGGGAUGCCGACAGCAGAAGAUAUGAUGGACCACAAGGCAGACACAAAGAUUGUCGCAAUUGCUCCUCGAUCUUUAAAAUCACUUUUUGGAUUAGGAAUUGGUGGAAAUCUAUUAGGAAUCAAUGCAGGUGCAGGCAUCAGUCAUGGACGCGGAGGCUGGGGAGAAGUGGGCAUGCAUUCUGGACAUCCUGCAUAUGUCCCCUAUUACGAGACACCAAAUCAGUACUACUACUAGUUCUGCCGUCGUUACGAUAAUCAACAUAUUACUUCUUAUAAUUAUUCUUACAAAUGAAUGGAGUUGAGUAAAGUACUGCUAUUCACAGAUAAUAUGAAAUAAAAAUAAAUGCACUAAUAAAUA